AUGCAAAAGAUGCGAUGGUCUGGUCUGCCAGCUCGUUGGCGGCUCGUAACCCUUGCUUGGCUCACUGGACUCGCCUUCCAUAGCAGCCCUGCAGGAUUCCUCCCGCAUGCAGGAAUGGGGGCUUCAUUCAGGCAGCUUCACAGUCGAAGUGAGGGACCUGCUGCUAGAGGUGCCGUACGCGGCAGACGUGUGGUGCUCCAUGCUGCUGCUGAGCAAAGGAGGGCUGCGAAACAAGAGCUCCUGGACGCUAUUCAGGCCUUCAAAGGCGAGCUGAGCAAGAGUGGAGGCAACUUGAGUGUAGAUUUUGGGGUGAAGGGCGGCGAGCUCGACAAAAAGGACCGAGCGCCCAAGAACUUGGCGGCUGCAGGGGUCUUCCGUGCUGUUUCCUCAGACCUUGGCGAUGCAGCAGACCGAGUCCUUGAGCUGGCGGACUUGUUGGCGCAGUAUACACCCAACCAGGAGCCCCUCAAGGGCUUCGGAACAUCAAAGGGUUCCGAGUGUCAGCUGCAGGGCGCCUGGAAGCUGCUGUUCACGACCGCCGCGGAUGCGACCUUUACAGAGAACAGCACUCGGGGCACGGCGAAAGUCUGCAAUGUCGUCGAUGCGGUAAAAGGCACAGUGACGAACUGCAUCGACUUCGAUUCAAAGGAUGCAGCUCUUGAAAGUCUCCGGGUCCGCCUCACGGCUCGUCCAGCGAGCCCAACACGCCUGGACCUGGCCUUCAGAUGUGUACGUGCGAGAGUUACAAAGUUUUUCGGCAUCCCGCUUGGCAGCCGUCGGUUGACACUGACACUGCCAGUGCCGGGCCCGUUUCUGACAAGGGUGCUGUCCUUCUUCACCAGGAAGCCGCCGCCACAACCCUACUUCGAUCUCUUGUACUUGGAUGAUACGUUGCGUGUACAUAGAACAGGCCAAGGGAACCUCUUCGUGCAACAGAGGACGCAGUCGCCGCCUUUCGUUUGA